AUGGCAAAGACCGAAGCCGUGGAGGUCGAUGAGGUGCUACGGAAGGGACCAGAGCACGUCGAGGAAGCCGUACUCGCGAGAUUGACAGAAGAGGAUGUAUUCAAGAUUUCAGAGGAGGCACUUACCAUCCGAUCAUGGACUGGGGUACGCCUUGGCCUGAUCAUGUUCGUGCAGGGCUGCAAUCAAGCCGGGUUCGGAGUGGAUUGGGGAGUGAUCAGCGGUAUCGACGCCCUAGAUGCAUGGCAUGCCUAUUUCGGGUUCGGCACAGCUGGAUCUACAUAUGGUCUCAUUAAUGCUUUAAUGAGCAUUGGAACCGUCUGUGGUGCCCCAUUCAUGGCUUUUGCCGAUGUAAUCGGUCGUCGAGGUAUCAACUUCACUGGCAACGCUAUCGUGCUCCUCGCGGCUAUUUUACAGGGCUGUGCAAUUAAUUUACCCAUGUUCAUGGCUGGUCGCUUCUUUAUGGGAUUUGGUACUGCACUGAUGUCGAGCUCACAAUAUAUUGGUGAGGUCUCUCCGAUGCAUCUCCGUGGUCGCAUGGUUGGAUUCUUCGGCGCUUGUUAUCAGGUUGGCAGUUUGGCCAUUCUUGGUGCCAUGGUUGGCCUGGAGAACCUUCCUGGGAACAGGUCCUGGCGCACACCUUUGCUGCUGGAAGCUAUAUUCCCUGGCAUUGUUUGCGUGACCAUAUUCCUUCUCACUCCUGAGUCCCCUCGUUUUUAUAUCAUGAAGGGCCAGCGAGAGAAGGCAAAGCAAGUAGUGGCCAAGUACCACACCACCAGUGGUGAUAUUAAUGAGCCGAUCGUUGAGAUUGCGGUCAGACAGAUGGAGGAAUCCCUGGAAAAUGACAGAGCCGGGUUCAGAGCUUUCUGGGACUAUCGGGUGUUUUUUACCAAGACUGUUCGCUACCGACUCCUGGUCCUCACCCUAUAUUCUAUUUUCCAACAGUGGAAUGGUGGUGGUAUUAUUUCUUACUAUUUGACACCAGCCCUUGGGACUAUCGGUAUCGAUGACACAAAACAACAACUCGGAAUCAAUAUUGGAAGCACAGCAACCUACUUCGUCUUUACUGCGAUCGGAUCCUUCCUCGUCGAUAUUUUCCGCAGACGAACCUUGAUUUUCGCGGGCUUGAUCAGUAUGAUAAUAUUCCAAACUGCUACGACCAUCACAUCAUGGCGGUACAGUGUCAGUACCAGCAACGCUACAGCAGCCCUCACUAUCCUUUGGAUCUUCCUCUACCAAGCCUUCUCGGCCUCGCUUAUUGCUACGAUGCAUAAUUUAUACCCAGUGGAGGUGCUUUCUUUAGCAUUACGUGCGAAAGGAAUGGGUUUAUACAGUCUGAUCCAAGGUGGGGCUGGAGCUGUGCAAACCUAUGGAAUCAGCGUGGGAAUCGACAAGCUCGGCUAUAAGAUCUGGGUGGUAUACAUCGUAUACAACACUGUCCAGCUGGUAUUGGCCUACUUUACCUUCCCGGAAACCAGUGGUCUGAGUUUGGAAGAAAUUGACAAAGUUUUCGAAACUCCUGGGGUUUGGCCUGUGAAGAUGUCAUUGGAUAUCGAGACGGCAAAGAAGGAGAGAGUCGCAGCGGAGCGGGAUGAAGAGGCCAUAGCUGGACGCUGA